UUAAUCGAUGAGUACUUUUCUCGAGCGAAGGCGUUACAUUGUCAUCAAACAGCUGUUAUACUCGCACGGUAGUAUCGUGCACCACCUCGCGUUACAUUUAUGCUAAAUUAAAUAAUUUAUCUGGAAAUUUACUCGGUGAGAAAGUUUUAAAAUAUAAUAUAAUUUAAUAAUGGAAGAAGAGGAUGGACAAACUGUUGUGGAUUAUUUCGCAGUCAAGUGCGAAGUUUCGGCGAUCGCGAAACAUGAUUUGUAUCAGAAAGCGGUACUUCAACUGGAAUCGGGCACUGCUCCUUCCUUUAGGCUUGUGGCCUGACAGGCAAACAAAAUUCACUCGUUUUCAGACAAGAUUGUUUUGCUGUUUUCUAAUGAGCAGCAUCGCAUUUCAGUUCUCAAGACUCUUCAAGGCAGAAUGUAGCACUGAUCAUGCUAUCAUAAUAAUCUCUUGCGCGACAUUUUAUGUUAUGCUCACGAUUAUGUUCAUCUGCUUUUGGAUUAACAUGAAAAAUACAAAAUAUUUCUUGGACCGAUUGCAAUGCACCUAUAACGGGCUAAAGGACAGAAACGAAAUGGCUAUUUAUGACAAAUACGGAUAUAUUGGAAAACGUUUAACGAUUAUACUGACAGUACUUAUUAUGGGCGCAGUAUUUGGUAAUUUUAUUAUACUAUAUUUGCCGUACAUUCUUGACAUCGUCAUGUCGAAAAAUGAGUCUUACGCAAUUCACAUAAUGGAAAUGGUGACCAAGUACUUCAUUGUAUCAGAAAAGUAUUACUUUUUAAUUCUUGUGCAUCUGAACGCAACCUGUUCUGCAGAACUGAUCGUAUUCACAGCGACGGCAACAACGCUGAUGUCGAUUUUCAAGCAUAUCUGUGGAAUGUUUGAGAUUGCCAGCUACCGCAUUGAGCAAGCAAUGACGAUCGAGUUGUUACGUGAUCUUAAUACGAAAAAUGAGAUUCUAAUUUACAAGAACUUGAUCUGUGCCGUAGACAUACAUCGCAAAGCUAUGGUAUUCGCAAAAUGUUUCAUGAAAAAACUUGAAGGAUCAUUCUUCUUUUUGAUAAUAGCUACUGUGCUCUGCUUGAGUUUCAAUCUUUUUGGUUUAUUUCACAUUGAGUCACCUACGGAGGAAAUGGAAGAAGUUUUAUUACACAAUGGAGCUGUGAUAAUUAUACUCGUGGUGCUGUUCCUAGCUAAUUAUACGGGACAAGAAAUUACAGAUCAUAGCAAUUCUGUAUAUGUAACCACGUACAAUGUUUCAUGAUAUUUAGCACCGAUACAUGUACAGAAACAUGUAUUGUUUCUAUUACAAAGGAGCACUAGAAUUUUCACUCUAGAUGUCGGUGGAUUAUUCUCAGCAUCUGUAGAAUGUUUCACUACACUGGUGAGUGCAUCAAUAUCUUACUUCACCUUCAUGCACUCAAUGCAGUAAUAACAAGUAAAACUCUUGUGUGAUAGAAUAGAAUAGUAUUAGAUUGUACAGAAAGUUCGUGCGGUUUUUUAAGAGAUGACAUUAAAACAUGUUUAUCUAUGUCGUGGGACUUUAACAUAUAACAUAUAUACAUAUUGUGAAAGAGGACACUUCAACGCAUCAUUUACGAAUAAGAACAAUAGGAUCAAUUGAGAAGUAAUGCAGUAGCUGAAAGAACUGUUCAGAAGUAGUUUGCUCGCUUCAAAAGUGAUGAUGUUAACAUCGAAGACUCAAGAACGCUCAGAUAGGCCUUCUGCGGUAGAUGACGACCAAAUUGCAACAAUAAUUGAAAGUAAUCGACGUUACAUAACGCGAGGCAUUGCGGAGAUACCCCACAUAUCUAAUUCGAUCCUUAAACAGCAUCUUAGAAUACUUGGCUAUGUGAAAAACCGCACUUUCCGAACAAACCAAUAUUAAGAAUUAGUAAUUAAAAUAAAGUAAAAAGAUAUAAAAUACACAUUUAGCUUUCCUUUUUGAUGUUUAAUAAACAAUGAUGAUUAUAGCGUUAUUACAUAUACCGUACCUUGCAUAUAUUAGGAUGAAGCUUAACUAUCCUUGGUAACAAAUCUUUUUUGAGCUUUUUGAGCUAUGUAGCGUAUUUUAAAUCUUAAGGAUGGCACUUUGAAACUGACUAAAUGACAGGAACAUAUUUGAAUCCAAAACGGAGUUAUUAAUUAGAAGUAAAAGCACCAAAUUAAUUGCAGAUCCUAAUACAAUAGAAUAUAACACACAAGCUUGGUAUUAGGAAUUAAUAUUUAAACAUAAUUAUGUAGAAAGAGUGAGAUAUGGUUAUAAUAGACUUUCUUCGCUUUUUUCGCAUGCGCUUAAGAAGCAAUGAAACAAUCGACAAUGAAUAAAUAAAAUGAUAUAUCAUUCAAACAUUAAAUAUAUUUGAGCACAGUACUUGUAACAUUGUCUCGUUAGAUCAAUAAAGAAACAUGAAAUGUUAUAAU